GGCCGGAGCUGCUCUGGGUCAGGCCUCCCCUCCCCUCUCGCCAAGUCGUCUCAAGAUGCCCGAAGACUGCGGGGAUGAAGGACUGAGCCUGGAGGCCAGAGAGCGGGUGGCCGAGAGUCUGCUGGGGCAGGCCCCUCCCGGCGAAUUCCCGGCUGUUCUGGCCGACCUCCGUGUCCUGCUCCGGGACGAGCAGCUGCUGCGGGCCCUGGGGCCCCGCCUGGCCGCCCGCCACCACAAGGACCACCUGACGCCAGUCCAGGUCGAAGGCCAUUGGCUCCUGCUGACCCGCUUCAACGACCUCGGCCCCCACGGCUUCCUGGACCCUGAAAGCCGACUGUCCUUCGUGCUGGACCAGUUGGGCCUCGGCGCGCGGGCGGUCUACGGCCACGGCCUCCUGCAGGACGAAGGAGAGGGCCUGAGAGCGGCCCUCUCCGAGGCCGUGGGCGCCUACGUCCGGUCCCGCUUCCCCUCCGGACGCUGGGCCGUGUUCCGGAAAUCCGUGGGGGGCCGCCCGGUCCUGGUGGCCUGCGUGGAGAACCACAGCCACCGGUCGACGGGGCCCUGGAACGCCGCCUGGACGUCCACCUGGACGGUGACCCCGGGGCCCUUGGCGGCCCAGCUGUCGGGCACCCUCCGCAUCCGGGCCCACGCCUUCAAGGACGCCAACGUCCACCUCGGGGCCCGCAAGGAGGUGGACCGGACGGUGGGGGCCGUGGGCCGCUGCCAACUGGUGAGCCAGGUGAUGAGGGUGCUGGAGGAGGAAGAGGGCGAGUUCCAGGAGGCCUUGCUGGACCAGCUGCGGGCCCUGGCGGAGACGUUGCUGCGGAAGGACUUGCGGAGGGCCCUCCCAGUCACGCGCACCACCCUCAACUGGCCCAGGCUCCUGGCCGAGCUGAGGCCCACCGGCCCCCGCCUCCGGCCCCCCCGGGACUUCCUCGCGCCCGCCCCCGCCCCACCCAAAGCCCUGAAGGUUUGGAGGUCAAGGGCCGUGGAAUAAAGGAGGCCUGCCUGGAGCAGGCACUCCCAGAU